AUGGCCGAAUCUCCCGUAGAUGUCCUUCUUAAGGGCAGCUCCGGCAGAAGUGCGCGCGGCCUGCUACGUAUCAUCAUUCUAGUGACCAUUGCAGCCGCAGCCGUUUCCAGUCGACUGUUCAGUGUCAUUCGUUUCGAAAGCAUCAUCCACGAAUUCGAUCCUUGGUUCAAUUUCCGCGCAACUAAGUAUCUGGUUCAGAAUGGUUUUUACGACUUUUGGGAUUGGUUCGAUGACCGCACAUGGCAUCCUCUUGGUCGGGUUACCGGAGGCACAUUGUACCCUGGACUUAUGGUGACCAGUGGUGUCAUCUAUCACAUACUCCGAUUCCUGACCUUUCCCGUCGACAUUCGCAACAUAUGUGUCUUACUAGCACCCGGUUUCUCCGGCCUGACGGCGUUCGCAAUGUACCUCUUAACCAAUGAGAUGUCCUCCUCUCCCUCUGCAGGUCUUCUUGCGGCCGCUUUCAUGGGCAUUGCCCCUGGAUACAUAUCUCGUUCCGUGGCCGGAAGCUACGACAAUGAAGCCAUUGCCAUAUUCCUCCUCGUUUUCACCUUCUUCUUAUGGAUUAAGGCGGUCAAGAACGGUUCCAUUAUGUGGGGAGCACUGGCUGCUCUGUUUUAUGGCUACAUGGUCUCCGCCUGGGGUGGGUAUGUAUUCAUUACCAACUUGAUCCCCCUGCAUGUCUUUGUCCUGCUCUGCAUGGGGAGAUAUAGCCCCAGGCUGUACAUCAGUUACACGACAUGGUAUGCGCUAGGAACUCUUGCCAGCAUGCAAAUUCCUUUUGUUGGGUUCCUGCCAAUCCGGAACAGUGACCACAUGUCCGCCCUGGGUGUCUUUGGCUUGCUACAACUUGUGGCCUUCGCGGAGUUUGUGCGCAGUUACAUUCCUGGCAAGCAGUUCCAGAGACUGCUGACUGCCUCCAUCAUCCUAAUUACAGGCCUCGCCUUCGCGGGGCUUGUUGUCUUGAGCAUGUCAGGGAUUAUCGCCCCUUGGAGCGGUCGUUUCUAUUCACUGUGGGAUACCGGCUAUGCCAAAAUCCACAUUCCCAUUAUUGCUUCGGUCUCAGAGCAUCAGCCCACCGCUUGGCCAUCAUUCUUCUUCGAUCUCAACUUCCUAAUCUGGCUCUUCCCUGCGGGUGUUUACAUGUGCUUCCGUGAUCUCAGAGACGAGCACGUGUUUGUCAUCAUCUACGCUGUCCUUGCGAGCUACUUUGCUGGCGUUAUGGUACGAUUGAUGCUGACCUUGACUCCUAUUGUGUGCGUUGCGGCUGCCCUGGUCUUAUCAUACAUUCUCGACACUUAUUUGAAGACUUCACCCGGCCCGGUUACACGGGGAAGGUCUAACGAUGAAUCCUCCGAAGGUCUCCGUUCUGCCAGGUCUCCUGAAGUCGGAAUCACUUCUUACUUCUCCAAAGCUGUCACGACAUCCGCCGCUAUUGUAUACCUUCUCCUGUUCGUUGCGCACUGCACCUGGGUGACAUCGAACGCCUAUUCAUCUCCAUCUGUCGUCCUGGCGAGCCGGAUGCCGGACGGAAGCCAAUUUAUCAUCGACGAUUACCGAGAGGCUUACUACUGGCUUCGCCAGAACACCCCCGCAAACGCCAAGAUCAUGUCUUGGUGGGAUUAUGGUUACCAAAUCGGCGGCAUGGCAGAUCGCCCAACGCUUGUCGACAACAACACGUGGAAUAACACUCAUAUUGCUACUGUCGGAAAGGCCAUGAGCUCACGCGAGGAAGUCAGUUACCCAAUUCUCCGCCAACAUGAUGUUGACUAUGUCUUGGUGGUUUUUGGUGGAUUGUUAGGGUAUUCUGGUGAUGAUAUCAACAAAUUCCUUUGGAUGGUCCGUAUAGCAGAAGGUAUCUGGCCCGACGAGGUAAAGGAGCGAGAUUUUUUCACCGCGAGGGGAGAGUACCGCGUGGACGACCAAGCCACCCCAACCAUGCGCAACAGCUUAAUGUACAAAAUGUCGUACCACAACUUUAACAAGCUCUUCCCUAUGGGCCAGGCUACUGACCGUGUCCGCGGAGCCAAGCUUCCGGCCGAGAGCCCUCAGCUCUCUACUCUGGAAGAAGCCUUCACCAGUGAAAACUGGAUUAUCCGCAUCUACAAGGUCAAGGAUCUCGACAACCUGGGGCGGGACCACAGCAACGCCGUCGCCUUUGACCGCGGGAACAAGCGGAAGAAGGCGAGUAAGCGAAAGGGACCUCGUGUUCUGAGGUCGGAAUAA